AUGCAAACAUGGGGCACAAUGAUGGCUGAGACUGUAUAUUCAUCAAAGAAUGAUGCAAUUUGGGCAACAGCUUUUUUUUUCUCAAUGAUUGUGGAUUUUUACAGGCUGGUAUUUCAGAUCCGAAUCUAUUGUGAGACUAACUACUACAACUCAAACUGUACUAAAUACUGCCUCGCAUCAAAUGGACCAAAGGAACAUUACACUUGUGACCCAGAAACAGGUGCAAAAAUUUGUUUACCAGGCUGGACUGGAUUGGACUGCACUGAAGAUAUUGAUGAGUGCCUGCUGAAUUAUUGUGGCAAGGGUAUCUGUGUUAACUUACAGGCUGAUUACCUUUGUUACUGUCCUAAUCAUGACACAGGUAUAUUAGACAAUAGUGUUCUAAAAAUGAUAUACUCAAACUUAUAUACUGUAUUGGCAUAUAAUAUACUGAAUGCAACAUAUUUCCUUUAA